AUGGCUCAGAGCGCUGAGCUGCAGCUCAGCUUCAGGGACGUGUUCAACAUUCUGUGCCAGGCCCCACCAGAGAAACUGCUGAGCCUCAAACUCAAACUGGAGCACUCCAUACCUGGGCCCUGCAGCAAGGUACUGCAAGCUAUGGUUCUGCUUACUGUGGGGCAAGAAGAGGAUGCAAGGAUUUGUCUGGAUGCCCUGAGGGAUAACCAGGCAGCCCAGUACAUCCACCAGAUCAAACUGGGAGCUGCAGGAGUGCGGGAAGACGGGGAGGCUGUGCAGCCUCCCCAGCUGGAUGCAGGUGCCACAGCCCUGCUGGCACAGGUGUACACAGUGCUGGCACAGGAAAAGCUGUGCAGUUCUGAGGCCAGGGACAGAGCCUGCCAGGCUGCCACCAAAACCAGCAAGGACACUCAGCUGGGGACACUCAACAACGUCCCAGCCGAGGAACGGGACGGACAGAGCGCUGCAGCCAGCGGGGGCUCAGGGGACAGGUUUAGGACGCUGAGAUCCCAUGAGGACACAAGAUUUCCCCAGACAGCCAGCUCCCACUACGUGGUGAGGAGUUCACCAGUGCCUAUCGGAGGCACCUCAGGCCUUUCAGGCCCACGGACCUUGUGCUCCGAGGGGAGCUUCUCCCUGUCCAGCUGUUUGGAGAUCAGUGCAUCACCAACAGGUGCUUUUCACACCCAGCCCUCUGUCCCCAAGUCUGUCCCCUGGCCCAGCUGUGCUGGACACCCCGACGGGGACACACAGAGCCACGGCCCGCAGGAAUCCAGCUGGGCCAGCUCUCCCAGCUCUCUCCCUGGGCAGGACACAGCUGUCCAAGGGCCCUGGCCAGAGAAGGUUCUGCAGGCCAGUCCCUGUCAUCCCAGCCCUCUCCCCAUUCCUGAGACGCCGCUGCCCGCAGAGCCUGCCCGAAACAGUGAUGUGUCCAGCACAGUGACAGAGCUUCACACAUCAAGAGACAAACAGGAUGAAGAGCAGGAUGAAAAGCUGAAGGAUGAAAGGAUGAAAUUCUCUAUUGGUGUCCCUGACCCAAGGGCUGCAGUGGAUACUGCUCCUGCCCACAGGUCCAUAGAGGACUCCUGCAUUCCAGGCAUUCCCUGGAACUCUGCCCCUGCUUCUGUUUCAACCUGUUCCCUUCCUCCUCCUACUUACUCCUUCUCCUCAACUCUUCCUCCUCUUCAGGAAUCUCACUCCAACCUAUUACAUCCCCCUCCCCUGCACUCAUCCCCCUCUCCAGCCUCUCCUGCUUUCCAGGAUCCAUCAGAGCCAGAGUUCUUCACAUUUGUUGUCCUGCACGCCAGUGAAGAUGAGCUUGUGGCCCACCAGGUCAAGAACCUGCUGGAGAGCAUGGGGGUGCCCAAUGGUGCCACACUCAGUGAGGAGUUCUUCAUCCCAGGGUGCAGCCACAUGACUUGCUUCCAGAAGGCCAUGGAAAACUCUGCCUUCAUGAUCCUCCUGCUGACCAAGAACUUCCCGUGCAAGCUGUGCCUGUUCCAGACAGACACUGCUCUGAUGCAGUCCAUCCUGGACCCCGCCAAACAAGACUCAGUCAUCCCGUUCCUACCCAAGGCAAACGCCCUGGAGCACAGCCAGAUCCCCACGAUGCUCAGUGCGCUCGUGACCCUGAAGGAGAGCUCUCCUCUCUUCUCCAAGAAAGUACUCAGGACUUUUGACCCUAAGAGGAUCACGGAGAAGAAAUCCCUGUGGGACCAGAUGCAGAGAAGGAAGCUCCAGGCACGUCUGGAACGGCACCAAGUCCAGCAGAACUUGGCUGCCCUGAGCCUGGGCUCCCGUCCGUGGGUGCCCCCAGCAGCACCAUGGCCGUGGCCACCAGAGCCAUCAGCCCAGCCCCGGUGUCCCCCUGCCCCCACGGACCCCCCUCUUGCUCAGAGGCAUCCUCCCCCUUCCCAAGCACAGCUCUCCCCAAGCCACUACAGCAUCCCACCAGGCCAGGGAGGGAUCCCACCCCUCAUCAUCCAGAAUGCCCGCAUGGUUCAGAUCGGGAACCACAAUGUGAUGGAGGUGACAACUGCCCCACCUGGGCCAGGGGACAGCCAGGAGCACACCAGGGACAAUGUCUGA